UUUCAUCUCUCUUCUCUAGCAGCAGCACUGCUUUCUCUCUCUAUAAUGUCUCAAGCACAGCAACUGCUGCUCUCUCUGCAACUUGCUCCUAAACUGCUCCUCCUCCUUCUAAAACGCUGCCGUUUCUUCAUUUCUUUGCAAUUGUUCAACUCUGCUUUCUUGUUCCUCUCUCUCCCUAACACAUUGUGAUUUGUGAUCUCUCUCUCUCUUCUUCUUCUAGUUCUUCAUUUCAGUUACAGUCAGCAGGUAUCAGAAUAAGGAAGUCAUUUAAAAACAUUCUAACAUGGAGCAAUAUGAAGUACUAGAGCAGGUAGGGAAGGGGUCAUUUGGUUCAGCUCUUCUUGUGAGGCAUAAACAUGAAAAGAAAAAGUAUGUAUUGAAAAAGAUUCGCCUUGCUCGGCAGACUGAUCGUUCUCGUCGAUCUGCCCAUCAAGAGAUGGAGCUCAUUUCUAGAAUGCGAAAUCCGUUUAUUGUAGAGUACAAGGAUUCCUGGGUAGAGAAGGGUUGCUAUGUGUGCAUUAUCAUAGGUUAUUGUGAGGGAGGAGACAUGGCAGAAGCUAUAAAGAAAACUAAUGGAAUUCUUUUCCCAGAAGAGAAGCUAUGUAGAUGGCUUGUUCAACUUUUGAUGGCACUCGACUACUUGCAUGGAAAUCAUAUUCUUCACCGAGAUGUCAAGUGUUCAAAUAUCUUUUUGACAAAAGAACAAGGCAUUCGUCUUGGUGAUUUUGGACUCGCCAAAAUAUUGACAUCAGAUGAUCUUGCUUCUUCUGUCGUGGGAACUCCUAGCUACAUGUGUCCCGAGCUUCUUGCUGAUAUACCUUACGGUUCAAAGUCUGAUAUAUGGUCUUUGGGGUGCUGUAUAUAUGAAAUGGCUUCUCUCAAGCCAGCAUUUAAAGCAUUUGACAUGCAAGGACUGAUUAACAAGAUAAAUAAAUCAAUAGUCGCUCCGCUUCCAACUAAAUAUUCUGGUGCCUUCCGAGGUCUUGUAAAAAGCAUGCUGCGGAAGAACCCAGAACUUAGGCCAAAUGCUGCAGAGCUGCUCAGGCAUCCGCAUCUUCAGCCUCAUGUUCUCAAGGUUCAUCUUAAGAUCAAUAGCCCCAGACGUAAUUCCUUACCUGUCCAGUGGCCUGAAUCCAACUAUGUAAAGAAAACACGAUUUGUCGAUCCAGAUGUUCCUCUUAACUCUUACAGGCAUAAACGACAUUCAUUCAGCAAUGAUAGGGGGUUAAAUCCGAAUGCAUCUGAAGCUGAUCAAGACUCCUUGUGUUUUAGCAAAGGAAUACAUCGUAGGCUAUCAGAGUUAUCCAUUGGAAGUAGCAAUGAAGGAACAGUCAUUUGUAAACCAAUUACAGCUUCAAAACCUUCUACGAUUACCCGGACAUCAAAAUCUACUCCGUCAAAAGCUUCUACAGCUACUAAGAGACAAAUAGAGCCCGUGAAAAAACAUGAAUCUGGUCCUGCUGCACGCACUUCAACAAAAAAACCAGUGAGUACAAACCGCAGAGCAUCUUUCCCGAUACCAAUAACAUCAAAUAUCGGCUUUCUUCAGGAUUUAAAAUCUCCAGAUGUCUCUGUCAAUGCUCCUCGAAUUGACAAGAUAGCGGAAUUCCCAUUAGCUUCAUAUGAAGAAGCCUUCUUUCCCAUUCGGAAAAUGUCAUCAACUUCUGCACAAGGCUCGUGUGGAGACCGCUCGAUCACAAAGGACAAAUGCACUACUGUGUCCAAAUUCACCGACGCAUGGCAAGGAAUUGAACGAAGCAUGUUUCAGGUAGAAGAAGAAGAAGGAAGCAACUCGUCUAAUCAAAAUGCCACAGCUGGUGGGGCAUCAAGCCGUACCUCAUCAGAAACAAGGGCUCGCAGAUUCGACACAUCAUCAUUCCAGCAGCGUGCUGAAGCUCUGGAAGGAAUGCUUGAAUUUAGUGCAAGAUUACUGCAAGAAGAAAGGUAUGGAGAGCUCAACGUGCUCUUAAAGCCUUUUGGCCCCGGCAAGGUUUCCCCUAGGGAGACUGCUAUCUGGUUGACGAAGAGCUUCAAAGAAAAUUCUGCAAAACCGGAAGAUUCAUCGUAAGUCAUCCAUGUCUUGUACCAUAUUUUUAACUCUGGCAACUUUUAGAGCUUAGUGUAUCAGCUUUUUGCCAUGGUAGAGGCUAUAGGUAUUUAGGCAAAUGCAAAUUAGGUUGUAAAUUUCAAUGCCCUUUCAUUCUUCAAUGUUCUUUUUCAUUUCUUUCAAUGAGAUAGGCAAUGUAGCUAUGCCAAUUUACGGAUUCAAAUUCCAGGUCCUUUGCUGUAGUUGUACUUUUAUAUUCCAAUCGGGUAGAUCCAUAAGAAGUCUACUUAAACAUUCAUACUGCAAA